AUCUCCAUGUGUCAGAAACUAUGAUAUGGCAAUGGCAAUUGGGAUGAUGUUUGAACAUCUUAUCCAAAGCGAACCAUACAGGGAGCGCCACGUGUCCGCAGAAUGAUGAUUUGGAGCGCAAUAAUUAUUAAGCCAAGCAGAGUGCAGUGUAUCGAGCAAGUUCAAGAGAGAUACAACCAAUGGCAAGCCCCGUGAUGAGUUCCGUCGCUCUGAAGCCGGCCCCCUUCCGCGCCGACAACUCGGCGGCGCGAGGUCUGCCGUCGUUGGCCCGAACCACCCCUUUGAGGGUGCAAGCCGGCGGCGGCAAGAAGAUCAAAACCGAUUCACCUUAUGGACCUGGCGGCGGCAUGGACUUGAGAGACGGCGUCGACGCCUCCGGCAGGAGGGCUAAGGGAAAGGGCGUGUACCAGUUCGUGGACAAAUACGGUGCUAAUGUUGACGGAUACAGUCCCAUCUACGACGAGAGAGAUUGGUCUCCCUCCGGCGAUGUCUACGUCGGAGGCAGCACUGGCUUGGCCAUUUGGGCGGUCACCCUCCUCGGCAUCCUUGCUGGUGGCGCUCUUCUUGUCUACAACACCAGUGCUUUGGCGCAGUAACCCUCUUUUCUCUACAAUUAUGUAAUCUAUCCACGUGUAAUAUAUCCAUAGUUUUGUGUAAUAUGUAUGUAAUGUAUCUAUCGUUUCAUGUAACAUGUAUGUAAUCUAUACAUCGUUCCGUGUAACAAUGUAUGUCGUGAUAUGUACAUAUAAUUGUUUA